AGUGAAUGACUAAAAUGUCCUUAUGUCCCCCCCAAAACACCUUUACACUACACCACCUCAGUCCUCAGAGAAUCAGUGUCACAGCCACCUUCUGAAGCUGAAGCUGGAGGUCUCUUACUCACAACACUGAAUGGCCUCUCCCUACUACAACCACCACCACCACCACCAUCACCAACCUCCUCCUCCUCCUCCUCCUCCUUCUUGCACUCAUUGCUGCUGCAACCCCCCCACAGCCACCUACACCUACACUUGCUGCACCACCUCACCACCACCCCCACCACCACAACCACAAGAUCACCUUCUCCAAGCCAUUUCUUCACUCCUCUCUCAUCAACAACAACCACCCCACCACCACCCCACUAUCAUUCCCCACUACCGCUCCCAUUUCCCCAAAUCCCAUAACAACAUCCUCACUCACCAACCUCAACCUCAACCUCAACCUCAUUCCUCCAUCUCUUCUCUCCUCCACCGCAUCGAGUCCCUCGAAUCCUCCCUCACUCACCACUCCCUCUCUUCCUCUUCUUCUUCAUCACUCUCUCUCCGACAUGCUGCAGCGCGUGUCAUCCAAACCCAUUUCCGCUCCUACCUCGUUCGCAGAUCGAGAACCCUAAGGGGCCUCAAGCGCCUCGCUCUCAUCAAGUCUACCUUCACUUCCCUCGAAUCCUCCCUUUCCCACAAUACCCACUUCGAUUUUGUUGCUCUCUCCCACAAAGUUGUCAACUUGCUUCUCCAGCUCGAUUCCAUUGAGGGUUGUGAUCCGAUGAUUGUGGAUGGGAAGAGAUCAAUUAGUAGGGAUUUGGUUCAGUUUCUGGAUUCAAUCGAAGGGGUAGCAGUGAAGAAGCAUACACGUUGUGUCAAGGCUGCAAAGAGCGGCAGGGGUUGUCAGAGAGUGAACAAACCUAGAGAUUCAGGUGAUGAUGAUGAGAGGAGGAAGCUCUUGCAGAAUUUGAGGGGCAGGGUUGAGAGAAUUAGCAGAUUGUGUAAGCUUUCCGAAACCAAUGAAGGAGAUUUAGAGCAUGAUCAUGGUGAUGGUGUUGGUGGUAACUAUGAUUAUAAUUACGAUGAUGCUGAUGGUUAUGGUGAUGGAGUUGCCAAUGUUGUAGUGCCACCUAAGAAAAAUGGAGUCUUUGUUGUUCAGAAACAAGGAGUCCAACCUAGGGUGAAGAAAAGUGUGAAGUUUGCAGAGAAUGGGAAGAUCUGUGAGGUGUAUAGCGGCAGCAGUGCUUCUUACGAACCGGAUCUAAGUGAAGAUGUGGCUUGCUUGGAUGGAAGUUCAUCUAGUGAUUAUGACCAAGGAGAGGUUUUUGAGAUUGUUGGUAAUGCAGCUGAAGAUGUCGCCGUGGAUUCUUCUCAGGGUGCUGAGGAUGAUGAAGAAGAAGCAGCCUUGGUGGAAAAUGGAGGACCGUCACGUAGCAGUGAUGAUGGCAGAAGGAACCCUAAUAUAAGGGGGAUAAAAAAUAAUGGCAGAAAUGUAGUGAAUCAGGGGCACCAAGAGAGAAUUCUGUUCUCUGCUCCAAUGCCUGUUAAGAUGGAAAAUAAAGCUGAGUUGAUGAAGAGUAAAGGUGUGAGUUUUUUUACGUGAAAGGUAACAAACAACUUGAUCAUGUUAGAGCCGUAAAUCCAAUUUGAGUGUGUACUUGUUUAAUUUGUAUUCUAGAUUAUUUGAUUAGACCCAGAUUGUUAGAGCUCAUUUCGUUUUUGUGUAAACGAUUUUUGGUUCUGUAAAUGGACAUGUGAUGUUCAACGUCAAUUUUUUUAGUUAUGUAGUUUAUUUAAUA